AUGUGUCAGGCGAGAUCAAAAAGAUUCGGGGGGCGCGCAAUGGUAUGCACGCGUGCGGAACAGGGAGGGGAUCUUCACUAUCUUUUGGCCCCCUACCCAGGCCGCUCCGCGUCUGCUCUUGGGCCGCUGGCUGGCUACACCAGCACAACCAGACACUGCACAGCCGCUCAGCACACCCAUACCCCACGCCUCCCCUCUUCACAACAACGCACACGGUUUGGUCCAGGGCAGCUCCUAACCCCAACCCAACCAAGAGAGACAAUGGUGAAGGCUCGCGGAAGGUGGGUGUUUGUCGGCGAUUCCAAGCCGGCGGCAGCAAAGAAGUCUCCGGCUGCAAAGAAGCCGCCGGCAGCAAAGAAACCUCCGGCUGCGAAGAAAUCGCCGGCUGCGAAGAAAUCACCGGCUGCGAAGAAAUCGCCGGCUGCGAAGAAAUCGCCGGCUGCGAAGAAAUCGCCGGCUGCGAAGAAAUCACCGGCUGCGAAGAAAUCGCGGGCUGCGAAGAAAUCACCGGCAGCUGCUACUACUGCGAAGAAAAAACCUGCUGCUGCUGCUGCCGCCAAGAAGAAGCCGGCCGUCGCCAAAAAGAAGCCGGCGGCGAAAAAGAAGGCAGCCGGGGGGAGCUGGGGUUGGGGCAGGCCAAUGACCAAGGCGCAGCGGAUGGAGAUGAUGUUCCCAGAGUACUGCGACGAGAUGUACUUCGGAUCCGACGGUCCCUCGCCCCCAAAAGGAAGAGCAGCCACCAAGGCUGCAGGUGCUGGAGAGAGUUCUGCAGGGGCGUCGACGGCAGCCGGGGGCUCCGACAAGACGGAAGGAGAAGGCGACGGCCGAAAGACCGCCACCGCUAGGGAGGGGGAGAAAGACGAGGACAUUUGCAAGGCCUGUGGAAAAGCAAAUGCCUCCACCUUCUCUGAUUGUGAUAACCCGAUAGACUGGAACUGCGACGGCUGCGGGGGCGGGUUCCACGAGGAGUGCGAGCCGCCCAACUCUCACCGCCGCGACCUGUGCGAGGACGCGAGGUCAGCGCAAUCAGACUGCUGCGCGACAACCGCUUACUGUUACUGUUAUUUUUAUCGGUGGCACCUGCUUGUCAAGCUCGUGUGUCGACUAACCCUAGGCUAA